AUGACGAGACGAGUGGCGAGCUCUUUUAAUCCUCAUAACGCCAAAUCCAAACGUCAACAUUCACAACCACCACUACCGCCACCACCACAGCCGCCAUCACCACCAUCCCACCAAACAUCCUUCCUAUCAAAGCAACACCACCAACAACAUCGCUUACUUCAUAUCAACUUAAACAUAUCUGUGUCUUCACAAAUCUUCACUCCCAACUGCUUUUGCUUCUUCCCGGGACACUCUAUACCGGUCAUGUGGAUGGCAGCUCACAUCUCCACCACCACCAAUGCCCCACCGGGCAACACCACCGGCGUUACUAAGAACCAGAAUCAGCUUAGUGGACAUCAGAAGAAGGAAGAAUUAGAAAGAGAGGUGUCGACGCUUCAGAAGAUGUUAGACCACGAAGAAAAAGUCGGGGAGCUUUUGAAACGAACGUAUCAACAACAAGAUCAUUCCUCUCUUCAUAUCCCGAAUUCCCUUCCUCCAAAGAUGAAGGAGUUACUGACAGAACUAGCCAUGGUUGAGAAUGAGAUCACAAGACUAGAAAGCCAAAUAACCCAUCUUCAAACUGACUUACAUAAAGAAAAGGAAGCCACAAGAGAAUCUAAAAUGAAACAAGGGCAGUUUCGUCAAAUUCCCAACGGUUCUCUAGCUCCGGCGACGUCAUUGCUGCAACCGAACACUAGAGGAUACGGUGACAAGUCGUCAUUUGAGACAAAGGCAUUGCACUUUAUUAGUAAAGCCAUAAAGGGUGAUUAUAGUCUCCGAGAUUUCAAUUCACAUGAAAAGUCAAGAACAAAAAUCGUAUCGUUUUCUGAUCACAAAGAAAAUCACGAGAACGAUGAUGAACUUGGGACCCGGGAACGAACCCCAAGUAGAAGAACUGGGAUUCUUAAACCACCGUCGCCUGCAAGAGAUACAAGGCAUGUAACUCCUAAGAGAGAACGAAAUCUCGCGGCGUCUUCAGAUACGUCAUCACAAUCUGAAGAAGAGAACAUUCUAAAAUGGUCACCAAACAAACUUUCGGAAAACAUUAUGAAAUGUUUGAUCUUCAUCUUCACGAGACUCUUGAGGACGUCAAGAACAAUGGAGCUCGAGAAAUCCGGGCCAAUUUCUAGAUCAGCCAACUUUUCGAUGAGUUUCAGGGCUGAACCCUGCUUGAACUCGAAGGCUAGCUUGCUUCUUCAGAAGGAGUCUAGACAGCAAGACCCUUAUGGGAUCUUUAACCUGGAAGACUCCAUUCCUAGAGACAUUGGGUGCUACAAGAACUUGGUUAAGUUCACAUCAAGUUCUUUGGACCCUAAAUGCAUUUCAAGUUCAAGUUACAUUCCAUUGCUACAAAAGUUGAGGGCUUAUAUGAAUGGACUACAAAAGGUGGAUUUGCUGUUUUUGUCUUCACAGCAGAAAUUAGCAUUCUGGAUCAACAUGUACAAUGCUUGUAUCAUGCAUGGUUUUCUUCAAUAUGGAGUUCCUUCUAGUCCAGAGAAACUACUGACCCUCAUGAACAAGGCAACAUUGAAGAUUGGAGGCAACACAAUAAACGCUCAAGCUAUUGAACAUGUCAUAUUAAGAAGGCAAGAAGCAUCAAUAAUCGAAAAGAUUUAUGGUAAGGCGGAAAGGGAUGAUAAAGAAGCAGUCUUGCGCAAACUUCAUGGACUCGAAUCAAUGGACCCAAAUGUCACAUUUGCUUUGUGCUGUGGCACACGCUCUUCUCCUGCGGUGAGAGUCUAUACAAGUGAUGGGGUAGUGAAUGAGUUGGAAAGAGCAAAGCUAGAGUACCUACAAGCUUCAAUAGUUGUAACAAGUGCAAAGAAAAUUGGACUACCAGAGCUUUUGCUUAGAAACAUGCAUGAUUUUGCACAAGACUUAGAAAGAUUGGUGGAAUGGUUGUGCCAAGAAUUGCCAACUUCUGGUUCAUUGAGGAAAUCAAUGGUGGAUUGCUUUAGAGGAGUGAAUAAUGCAAAGGUUGCAUCCAUUGUGGAGAAGCUACCUUAUGAAUUUGAGUUCCAAUAUUUGUUGCCGAUGUAAGCUUUUGCACCUUCCUUUGUAUAUUUGUG